UGCUCAAACAGACAACACUUUGAGUUUUGAUUUUGGAAGCUAACAUUAGCCGCCGAAGCUCAGCUAAAAUAAAGAUGUCUGUCAAGCGGGGGAUUGGCGAUUCAAAGUAUUUAAAGAAGAGGAUUCCCCAGAACCCCAAAUAUCAACAUGUUAAAACACGACUUGAUACAGGCUUCAGUCUGACAAAAUAUAUGGAGAGACUAGAGGAGGCCAGGAAAAACUACAGAUAUAGGAAGGAUGAGCUAUUUAAAAGACUCAAAGUGACCACAUUUGCUCAGCUGGUAAUCCAAGUUGCUUCUGUGUCAGAUCAGAAUGACAACAUUAAAGAUGAAAUGCCGGGAUUAGAUGAUGAUGAUAUUUCAAUAUUCUCAGCGUCACCGGGGCUCGACGGUCUCUCGACUAAUGGCUCCCCAGAGCCGACACUUCUCAACACACAGUGUAUCAACAAUGAGGAAUCUGGCGACACUGUGUUUUCUCCUAGAUCUACACUCCAAAGUGUCAUCAGUGGCGUGGGAGAACUGGAUCUGGACAAGAACGGACAGAAGACCAUCCGACUGUCUCCAGUGUCUACCUCCAACACCAUAGAGUGCCCCCUACCUGACUGCCCUUAUCUGUUGCUGGAUGUGCGGGACAGAGACCAGUAUGACCAGUGCCAUAUUAUCAGUGCUUACAGUUACCCCAUAGCGACCUUAUCAAGGACAAUGAACCCAUACACAAAAGAAGUCCUUGAUUACAAAAAUGCAUCUGGAAAGAUCAUCAUUUUGUAUGAUGAAGAUGAGAGGAUAGCAAGUCAAGCGGCCACCACCAUGUGCGAGAGAGGGUUUGAGAAUCUCUUCAUGUUGUCGGGGGGUUUAAAAGUGGUUUAUCAGAAAUUCCCUGAAGGAAUGACAACAGGCUCCAUUCCCAUCUCCUGUCUGCCAUCACCCACGGGACCAGGAGGUCGUAAGCGCUCGGUGCCACAGCAAACGUCACAGGCAGCAGAAAAAAAGUGGCGGUUCACUUCAGAAGACCUCAGCAGAAUCCAGCAUUACCUAGAGGAGGUGUUCAUACCCAGCGAGCCCAGCAGUCGUCUCAGCAGUAGAUUGUCCACUAGCAGCGCUGGCUCCAAAGCGUCUACAGUUCGGAGCAGUCGACAGGGCUCAUCCGUAGCAGGAUCAGAAAGCGCUCGUUCACGGAGCAGUCGGCCUUGGAAAUAACCUUCCGUUUCACUCUCACCAUUGUCGCGUUCACUUCAAUGCAAAUAGCCUUUAUAUUUUACUUUUGUGAACAUCUGUGAUGGACAUUCUAAACUACUGGCCACAUGCACAUGGUUUAAUUCUCAGAAGUACACUGGAAGAAAUUGAACAUUUUAUUGGUCCUUUUAUUAUUUCAGUUUAUUCACAUAUCUUUGCACUUGCUGACUCCAAAUCGAAACUACAUGUUUAAAAUCUGAUUUGCGCAGUCAUCAAAUGCAUAUGUAGGGGUCUUCUGUUACAUAAGUAAGCAGGUCUUAGUGGAAGGACUCAUUUUAUUUGCUUUAGCUGUGCUGACAUGAUCUAUUCAUUGAGCAUGCUGUAUGUUUACUUGCUCAGUAGACGCAGUAUGUAUGGCGCAUUCCUUUAGAAGUAUUUUAGAUGUGCUGGAUGUUUUUUAGGCCUUAAAUCUAUAGCUAAUCUGUUCGUUCAGUGCAUUUAUUUAAACGAUUGACGCUUUCUGAACCAGUGCAGAAGAUUUUCCUUCAUCUGCAUCUGCUUAACUGUGAUUUGAAUAUUAUGAAAUGUAGACGUGAUUGCUGGCAUUAAUGACGCUGAUGUUGCUGUGUGCAAUUUUGCUUUGUCUGUUGCAGCGUGAUGAAGGAACUUAAAGUGCAUUUACAAUCAAUGUUGGUGGAAUGUGUACUUGGAGUGGCAGAAAGAGCUUUGACUUGUUUGUUUGGCCUUUGUUGUCUGUGCUGAUUGACUUAAAUCAGUUUAGACCUUGUUUUAUUGACCAAUUAAUAAUUUAAUGUAAUCUAUAUAAUGAAAACUACCUGGUUUGUUCUUUUGUAAUGAAAGUAUGAAUAAAGAUCAAUUUUAUAUGA